AUGGCUUCCGGCACGUCGCAGAAGAUCGCCAUCCUGUCUGUGUACGACAAGACCGGCCUUCUCGAUCUCGCCAAAGGCCUUGUGAAGCAGAACAUCCGUCUCCUUGCUUCGGGAGGUACGGCGAAACUCAUCCGCGAAGCCAACUUCCCAGUCGAAGAUGUGUCGGCCAUCACCAAAGCACCGGAGAUGCUCUCUGGCAGAGUCAAGACACUGCACCCGGCUGUUCACGCUGGCAUCCUCGCCCGCGACCUAGCCUCAGACGAGAAAGAUCUCGCCGAGCAGAACAUCAACAAGGUUGAUUAUGUUAUCUGCAAUCUGUACCCGUUCAAGGACACCGUCGCCAAGAUCGGCGUGACCAUCCCCGAGGCAGUCGAAGAGAUCGAUAUUGGUGGUGUGACCUUGAUCAGAGCGGCUGCCAAGAACCAUACUCGUGUCACCAUCCUCAGCGAUCCCGAAGACUACCACGACUUCUUGCAAGAGCUGGAGAAGGGCGAGGUGACGGUCAAGACGAGACAGCUAUAUGCUCUAAAGGCAUUCACCCAUACUGCUGACUACGAUAAUGCGAUCUCUGACUUCUUCCGGAAGAAGUAUGCAGGUGAUGGUCUCCAGCAGCUCACGUUGCGGUAUGGCACGAACCCACACCAGAAGCCAGCCUCGGCCUUCAUGACCGAUCGCGCGCUCCCGUUCAAGGUGCUCAGUGGUUCGCCUGGCUACAUCAAUCUACUCGAUGCUCUUAAUGCCUGGCCACUCGUCAAGGAGCUCAGCGAAUCAUUAGGAUACCCAGCAGCAGCAUCUUUCAAGCACGUCUCGCCAGCCGGCGCAGCUAUCGGCGUGCCCCUGAACGACGUCGAGAAGAAGGUCUACAUGGUCGAUGAUAUCGAAGGUCUGGACCAGUCGAGUCUCGCUCAGGCAUAUGCUCGGGCUCGAGGAGCAGAUCGCAUGUCUAGCUUUGGCGACGUGAUUGCUUUAUCACACGAAGUAGAUCUACCGACCGCAAAGAUCAUCGGCAAAGAAGUCAGCGACGGCAUAAUUGCGCCUGGUUACCAGCAAGAAGCGCUCGAGAUAUUGCGGAAGAAGAAGGGAGCAAAAUACCUCGUCCUUCAAAUCGACUCAAGCUACAACCCACCUCCGCAAGAGCACCGCACAGUCUAUGGUGUGAACAUGACACAACACCGCAACGACGCGCAAAUAACACCCCACGGCACAUUCCACUCGAUCAUCACACCAAAGGAAAGCCCACCGCUCCCGGACUCCGCCCUCCGAGAUCUCACCGUCGCCACCAUCGCACUUAAAUUCACCCAGUCAAACUCCGUCUGCUACGCUCUCAAUGGCCAAGUAAUAGGACUGGGAGCCGGCCAGCAAUCACGCAUCCACUGCACCCGUCUAGCAGGCGACAAGGCAGACAACUGGUGGAUGCGCUUCCAUUCGCGCGCCCUCGCCAUCAAAUGGAAGAAAGGCACGAAGCGAGCCGACAAAAGCAACGCCAUUGAUCUCCUCUGCUCCGGUAUCGUGCCUGCAUCCGGCUCGGAGCGGGAAGACUGGGAGAGGAAUUUCGAGGAGGUGCCGGAGCCCUUCACGCAGGAGGAGAGGAAGGAGUGGUUGCAGAAAUUGUCCGAGGUGGCUGUUAGUAGUGAUGCUUUCUUCCCGUUCACGGAUAAUGUGUACAGGGUCGGUAGGAGUGGCGUGAAAUAUAUCGCUGCGCCGACAGGCAGUCAGAACGAUCAGGCUUGCUUCUCGACCGCCGAGGAGUUGGGUAUCACUUUUGUUGAGCAGCAUACCCGGUUGUUCCACCAUUGA